AUGCCUUUUGGGGGGUUUUCGGGGCUGAAGGAGCGGGUUCUGAAACCAGGAAAGGAGGAGGUGAAGAAUACAGUAGGAGACGGUCUGGGGAACCUGCAGAGGAAAAUUGAUGGGACCAAUGUGGACGAGGAUGACCAGAUGGAGCUCACGGAGGACGGGCAACCGGUGGCUCCUCGCCACAAUGCCCCUCUGUUUGACUGCGGUUGCUGCGGCCUGCCCAAGCGCUACAUCAUCGCCAUUCUCAGCGGACUGGGCUUCUGCAUCUCCUUUGGCAUCCGUUGCAACCUGGGGGUGGCCAUUGUGGAGAUGGUCAACAACAACACAGUCUACAUCAAUGGGACACCUGUACUCCAGCCAGCUCAAUUCAACUGGGACCCAGAGACUGUGGGACUGAUCCAUGGCUCCUUCUUCUGGGGUUACAUCGUCACACAGAUCCCUGGAGGCUUCAUCUCCAACAAGCUGGCCGCCAACAGAGUGUUUGGGGCGGCCAUUUUUCUCACGUCCAUACUGAAUAUGUUCAUCCCUUCAGCAGCCAGAAGGCACUACGGCUGUGUCAUGUUAGUCCGCAUCCUGCAAGGCUUGGUGGAGGGUGUUACCUACCCUGCAUGCCAUGGGAUGUGGGCCAAAUGGGCCCCUCCCCUGGAGAGAAGUCGACUGGCCACCACCUCAUUCUGUGGUUCCUAUGCAGGUGCUGUGAUUGCCAUGCCUUUAGCAGGAGUCCUGGUUCAGUUUGUUGGAUGGCCCUCAGUCUUCUAUAUCUAUGGUGUAUUUGGGAUUAUAUGGUACAUCUUCUGGCUCCUGCUUGCCUAUGGGAGCCCAGCCGCCCACCCCACUAUAAGCGAUGAGGAGAGGAUCUACAUAGAGACCACCAUUGGCGAGGGUGUCAAAAUAUUGAGCGCCACUGAGAAAUUCAAGACUCCAUGGCGCCGUUUCUUCACCUCCAUGCCUGUCUAUGCCAUCAUCGUGGCUAACUUCUGCCGUAGCUGGACCUUCUAUCUGCUCCUCAUCAGCCAACCAGCCUACUUUGAGGAGGUGUUUGGCUUCUCCAUCGGCAAGGUGGGGCUCCUGUCUGCUGUGCCUCACAUGGUGAUGACCAUCGUAGUGCCUAUCGGUGGCCAGCUAGCCGACUUCCUACGCAGUCGUAAAAUCAUGUCAACUACAAACGUCCGGAAAAUCAUGAACUGCGGAGGUUUUGGAAUGGAGGCGACUCUGCUGCUGGUGGUGGGGUUCAGUCACACACGUGGGGUUGCCAUCUCCUUCCUGGUGCUAGCUGUGGGUUUCAGUGGCUUUGCCAUCUCAGGGUUCAAUGUAAACCACCUGGACAUUGCUCCUCGCUAUGCCAGUAUCCUAAUGGGCAUCUCCAAUGGUGUUGGCACACUGUCUGGAAUGGUGUGCCCCCUUAUUGUUGGAGCACUGACUAAACACAAGACCCGCCUGGAGUGGCAGAACGUGUUUGUGAUAGCCGCCAUGGUGCACUACACAGGGGUCAUCUUCUAUGCUAUCUUCGCCUCAGGCGACAAGCAGGAAUGGGCAGAACAAGAGAGCACCAGCGAAGAUAAGGUCGGUAUUAUCGACGAGGAUGAGCUGGCCGAAGAGACAGAGCUCAACACCGAGAUUGCCAUGGCACCCAAGAAAAGCUAUGGAACCACAGAGAACUCAUCGGGUCGCAAACAAGGCUGGAAGAAGAACAGAGGAGUCACCAUGCAGGAAGAUAAGGAUGAUGGGAACUCGCACCACGGGAAUGGGAACUACCAGGAGCAGUAUCAGUGAUGCGCCCUAAUAAUCAGGGGCAUUGGCUGUAUAGAUUCUCCACAUUUUUCCUGGAGUGUGCACUUGCACACUUUCUCACAUAGAAAACCAGAGGAAACCAGAGAAGGCUUAGUGGGAGGAGCUAUAGGAGGAUGGGCUCAUUAUAA